AUGGGAAUUGGGGGUUUAAGAGGGGUUUUAGGGAGGAGAGAGAGUGGGAGGAUUUGCAUUUCGUUCAGAGUGAAGAUGAAAAUGGCUUCACUCUGGUUUGGGUUGAGUGUUGAGAAGGCAGACAGUAGAAGAUACACUGCUGUUUGUGCAGUGGAGGGUUGUGAUUGGAGGAUACAUGCCUCAAAAAUGGUGGAUAAGUUUAGUUGGGCAAUCAAAUCCUUGACUGGGGAGCACAGACAGUGUGGUAGGCUUGAGGUUAACCCCAUAGUGACCACCAAAUGGUUGGUGGGGAAGUUGUUGCCAGAGAUUGAGGCAAACUUAGAUAUCCCUGUCUUAACAUUGAAGAAGAUGACUCAACUGAAGUAUAGGAUACAAGUAAAAACAAGGUUGUUCUACAAGGUUAAAGCAUUGGCUAAGGAGGUUAUUAAUGGGAGUUUUAGUGAGUCCUAUGCACUGCUACCUAGGUAUGCAGAGAUGAUAAAGGAUACUAACCCUGGGAGUUAUGCACUGAUCACAUGGCAUAGUGAUCCUGUGGAUGUGCAACCAAAGUUCAAGGCUUGCUUUUUUUCCUUUGGUGCACAAGUAAGGGGAUUUCUUAAGGGGUGUAGGCCAAUGAUGGGAAUUGAUGGAGCUCACCUCAGUGGGUUUUUCAAGGGGAUUCUUCUGUCAGCCUUGGGGAUUGAUGGCAACAAUGAGAUCUUCUUGUUGGCUUAUGGGGUUGUUGACACUGAAAGUCAAGAGAGCUGGAACUAUUUUAUGAGGAACCUCAGGGCACUGUUUGAGAGAGAAGGCUGCAGCAGGGAUGACUGGACAUUCAUCAGUGACAGAAUGAGGGGGGUGGAUUUAGCUGUUCAUGAAAACUUCCCAAGGGCCACUAGAAGGUGUUGUGCUCAGCAUCUGUACAUGAAUUGCAAGAAUGGAGGUUGGAGUGGAGAACUUUUCCACAAGCUCUUCUGGAUAGUUGCAAAUGCCUACAACCCCUUUGUUUACAACAAGGCAAUAGAGAAGAUCAGUGAAUUUGAUCCAAAUGCAACAAAGUACCUGGACACAUGUACUGGGCAGUGGUCGAGACAUCAGUUUGAUCCAGCAGUGUGUUGUGAUCAUAACACAACUAAUUAUGUGGAAUCAUUCAAUGCUCUCACCAAGCCAUACAGGGAUUUACCUUUGUUGUCACUAUUUGAAGCCAUAAGGGAGUGGUCCAUGGAGAGAAUUGGGGUCAAGUUUGAUAAAGCAGCAAACAUGGAGCCUAACCACUUAACAGACUAUGCCAAACAUGAAAUAGAGUUGAGAAGUGCAGAAUCCAGAUUCUGUUACUCUACUGCAUGUGGUGGUGGGGAGUUUGAGGUGAAGGAUGGCAAUGUGAAGAUCCCAGUCAAUCUACACAACAGAACCUGUGGGUGUGGAGUAUGGCAGGGGUCAGGUAUGCCCUGCAAACAUGGCUUGAGGGCCAUCUACAACCAGAGACUUGACCCUGUGGACUUUGUUUCCACUUAUUUCAAGGGUGCUGCUUAUAAACAGGCAUAUGCAGAGCAUAUGCACCCAAUGGCUGACCCUACUCAGUGGCCUGGAUCCACACUGCCCACCAUUAAACCACCUGGGAUCAAGAGGGGUGCUGGAAGACCUCAAAAACAGAGAAGGAGGGGUGCCAUGGAAGCUAGAAAGAGGAAGAGGCACACUUCAGUUAAGUGUAGCAAAUGCAAGGAAAUGGGCCACAAUGCAAGGACCUGCAAGUCUGGUGCAGGCACUUCCAAGGCACCACCAAAACAGAGAGCUGCAACAAAUAAGAGGAAAACAACCUCUGAUGGUGCAAGCACUUCCAAGGCAGCACCAAAGGGCAAGAAAUCCAAGCAAGCCUGA